AUGAAUAGGCCAGUAGUUUCUUUGACAUAUAGGCGCAAUGGGAAGCGGGUUGUCAAGAGAGUGCCAGCAAUUGUGCGACAGAUUUUAUUAUCUGAUAGCACUAUACCGUUAACUUCCGAAGAGAAAGACAAACUUUUCAAAUAUUUUGUGGACAAUCGACUGACAACUCAAUCAUAUGAAAGACAAUGGACACUAGAUUUACUUAGGAAACGUGGCGCUCAUGAGGUUAUAUUAAAGUUUGGGAGACGCCAUCUCUUUGUUAUAAACAACUGUGACACCACUACGAAAUUGAACACACUUUCAAAAACUGACAAAUUAAGUGACAAUAAAUCUUUAUCAACAUUAACACCUGUAAAUAUUCAAAAUUAUGAUGAUAAAGAAAUCACUAGUAACUAUAUUCAUGGAAAACAACCCACCAUUUUGUUGAAAGAUGACGUUGUAGGUUCCGAAUUACGGACAUUUAUUUAUUCGUUGAUAUCAAUGAGACAUACAAGAGAACUUGAAACAUUUAUGCAAUGCAUUAUUUCCCAAGUAUCACUGGACAGACGAGGUAGAACCUGUGAUUUGAUCAGUGGUGUAUUCAACGGAUUAAUGAACUUAGCACAUGAAGAUCCGGAAACUGCCAGUAAACAUAAGAUUAACGACGCUACGAUAUUAAAUAGAUGGGUUAAAUGGGUAAUAUUACUGAACGGUAGUUGUGAAUUUACUUCGUAUACUAAUAAUAGAGACAUUUUGAGAAGAAUGCUGAACUAUCUUACUGAAACCAAAGAUACUGAUGAAGAGAACACUUUAUUCAAAUCACUAUCAGAAGGGUUAGAUUUAGUAAACAAACAUCAGGGAAUAACUGCAUCUUCUCAAUUUGCGACCACAUUAAUUUACUUAGCGUCAUAUUGUAAGAAUUUUGAACUCGUAGAACAAUUAUGGAAAUUCAAAACAGAAAAUAAGUUCCCAAUAUGUGCCGUUGAUCUAACUACAAUUAUGAGAGCAUAUAAUUAUAAAGGUAAAUUUAAUGAAGUUGCCGAAGCAUAUGAAUUAUACCCCGAGGCUCAUCAUGACGUGUCUCAAUUUGAUUAUCUUCUGUUAGCCCACGCAAAGACAUUAAGUUGGGCAGCACUAAAACAACAAUUUGACGCAUUGUUUGGUAUUGGGAAAUUACCUAAUAUACGGCAUUAUGAAAUUAUUAUGUAUUCGAUGGCUCUCUUGGGGAAUGCAAAAGAUAUUGAUAGUUUAUAUUCACAGUUCUUAAGAAGAGGUAUGAUCCCAACAUAUCCAAUAUUACAAUCACUUUUACAGUGCCAUUAUAAAUCUAGUAACCCAACGGAAUGUUUCGAACAAUUUCGAUUGUUUGAAAAAUAUUCUAUCAAACCAACAGCUGCAACUUACACAAUCAUGUUUAAAGUCUAUAGAAAACUUAAUGAUAUCAGUGGUGCCUUACGUUUAUUAAAGGUGAUAACUGACGAAAAUAAUGUACCAAUUUUGGAGGAUCAUUUUAUCAUAAUAAUGCAAAUGUGUUCCCGUAUUACAAAUCAUUUGAUUGCAAGAGAAAUUUUUAAUAUUAUGAAGGAUCAUUAUGAUAUAACACCAGGGGCGUUAUCUGUUUCUGCAUUAAUGGAUGUUUAUACAGAGGCCAAACAGUAUAAUGAUGCCAUAGUAUUAUUUGACGACUACUCAAAACGUAAGACGAUUCAAAACGAUCCAGAUAGAAUUUCCAUUUAUACAAGUGCAUUAUAUACCAGGUUGAAAUCCAAAGAUGAAACUGGAUGUGAUGCCAUCCUUGAAGAAGUCUCUUCGUCGAAUAUAACUAUGGAUUCAAAAUUCUACAAAUACCUGUUAAUGUAUAUGGUGAACAACUUAAAGGAUUAUGAUGGGGCAAAUGAUUUGCUGAAGAAAUUGAUUAACAAUCCGAAAUGGACUUCGAAAGCUAAUACAAGCCAUUUUGAAGUUAUAAUGGAUGCAUAUUCAAGAAUAUCUUACUAUGAUGGUAUAUUUCAACUAUACAAGUUAAUGACUGAUAACCAUAUCCCAGUGAAUUCAAAAAUUCUCUAUUAUUUGGUUAAAUCAACUUUUAAAGUUCAAAUGUCCAAAAAAGAAGAUCUGACUAGCUCUAUUGAGUUUGUUGAUAAAAUUAUGACCAAUAGUGUGGAGAGUAAUUUAUAUACAUCUGAUAGUAAGUUCCAUCCAUCGAUUAUGGGGUGGGCUCUAAGGGCUGUGGCCAAAUAUUACAGUCCCAAACAGGCCUUGGAGAUGUUAAACAGAUAUGAUAAAUUGUUUUAUGAUCAAAAUACGAGGUCUGUGAACAAUAAGUUUUCGUUAAUGAGAUCACUGGCGGUCUUAUUUGCUGAAUUAGGAGAUUGGGAACAAUUUGAAAUCAUGUAUCAAAACAUAUGGAAUCAAUUAGAGAGGUAUGAGAAACAACCAACAUCUACAAUUCCCAAUAUAAAACUAAGAUCUCUUUUUGUCGGUAUAUUCACAUAUAAGAUUCGUCAUUUGAAACAAACAAAACAAUUAGAAAAAUUACCUGAAUUGUUAAACAAAUUGAAAACUAGAAACUUUGUGUUGGACAAUAGUACAUGGAAUCAAGCUAUUCUUGAAUUAGCAUCUGAUGAAGCUACUAUUAAAAGUGCGUUAGAAAUCACCAAUGAAAAAUUUAUUCAUGGUUACAAUAUUAUUCAUAAGAAUAGAUUGUUAACAAAACUGAAAAACCAAUCGUUAUCAACAAUGAACGAUUCUUGGUUCCUUCAAAAAAAGACAGAAAAUCCCAAUAGCUUUAUUCCUACACUGUAUUUAGAAAGUGAAACUUUUGAUCUAUUGUAUAAACGGUUAGAUUCUUAUUUGAAUGAACAAUCCGAUAUCGAAAGUAUUCUUAAAGAAUUGAUAGAGAAAUAUGGCUAUUUUAUGAAAAGUUAUCUAAUGUCAUCAAAACAUGAUGUUCGGAAUUGGGAUGUCAUUGAACGUAACCAUCAUGCAUACUUCCAUGAACUGAGAACAAUAAAACGUGUUAUUCCUGUUCUUAAAUUUUAG